GGCUUGCGUGCUUGGUUACCAAGAGUGGCAGCAAUGGCGGCGGAGGGUGAGCAGCGUGCGACUUCCGAUGUGACUAAGGCCCUGGCUCGGCAUCUCAAUUGCCUUAACGAUGAGAAUAAAAUGAUUAGAAGGAGGGCACUGGCUGCUAUACAGAAGGAAGCCGCGGACGAGAAGCUGGCCAGCGCUGUUCUGCAGGAUGUUUUCUUAGAGUUGCUAAAACCCUUACUCCGGUGCCUGUCAGACCCCAUGGAGAAAUGUCGGGAGUUGUCUAUCCAAAUCAUAGUGUAUUGCGUCAGUCACGUGCCCAGGCCGGAGGAAGCCUUGCCCUACUUGAUGCCAGCCCUCACACAGCGCCUGGGCCAACAGGAACUUGUAGAACUUUCUGAGGAGCUCAGACUGGCAAUGGUCGAGCUCUUGACUCUGCUCGUGGAGGUUUGUGGGAAGAAGUUGGCCCCUUACCUGGAUGAAAUGAUUCUAAUUUUCCAGAGGACUAUGGUAGAUCCCUUCCCAGAGGUGAAGAAAGAGAGCUGCAAGUGUGCCUCCAACUAUGCCACAUGUAUACCAGAACAUUUUCACACGCAGGCAGAGUCAUUGAUUAAGCCCCUGAUGCAAACCAUUUCACACCAGCAUUCUAAAGUGCGUGUCGCUGUUAUUCAGACAACUGGAACAGUUAUACAGUACAGCAGUGGGAAGUCUGUGGAUGAUGUUUUGUCCCAUCUUGCACAGCGACUUUUUGAUGAUUCAGUGCAGGUCAGGCAAGCCGUAACUGUUGUAGUAGGAGACUGGCUUUUGAAACUGCAAGACAGAUAUUCUUUUUUCCAUAAACUGAUACCUCUUCUGCUGAGCAGCACCACAGAUGAAAUUCCUGAAAUCAGAAAACUGGCUCUUGAUUAUUGGGAGAAAAUUGGCUCUCAGUGGGAGAAGGAGAAUGAAGAGGAUUUGAAAGAUAAACUUGACUUCAGUGCUCCAUGUCCUUCCUAUUACCCGGCAGGGGUACAAAGACCUGGAUUAGGAUGCCGGGAGCUAAUAUUUAGAAAUCUUUCCAAAAUUCUGCCAGCCAUUAGCCGAGACGUGACGAACUGGGUUGCUGGAACGAGGAUUAAGUCUUCCCAGCUUCUAGCUGUGCUGUUGCUUCAUGGAGAAGAUCAUAUUACUCAGCACAUGGAACUUUUGCUUAGUACCCUGUACCACUCAUGCCUGGAUGAAGAGAAUCAAGUUGUAAUCAAUAGUGUGAAAUCUGCUGAGUUAAUUGGGACAUUUGUGAACCCUGAGGUGUUUCUGAAGUUGAUCUUGUCUGUGCUUCAAAAGUCUCCUCUGGCAUCUCAUUUAAUGACUCUGGCUGCAUGUAUAAGAGGAUGUUCAAGGGAAAUGCUCAAGACCCACUUAACUAAGAUAACCAGUGUCAUUUCUCAGUCUGACGUCUGUCAAGGAUCAGAAAAGGUCCUCUACCAGGAGCAGCUGCUGUGCUGCAUCCAGUCCUUAAUAGAUGCGUGCCAGCAGGACUGUACAGAGGUUAGCUUACAGUGCAUGAACGUUCUUAUCACAAUACUAGCCAGCCCUGCAUCUGAAAGCCUUCAUAAAAAGGUACAGGAUACGUUACGGUCAUUAUCAGAAGUUCAAGGUUUAAAUGGACCCCAUGAUCUGUACAGGCAACACAUGCAGCAGCUGUUGGACUGGGUGUCACAAAGUCACAAUCACUGGACCAGUUAUUCAGUGGAGCAAAGACAGUUUGAAGUCAUUGCUACUGAAUCUGGCCCUGUGAUGGGAGAAACUCUUCAUCUGUUUGUGCCAAUUCUGAAGAUGUGCCUUCAGCCAACACGAGAACCUCAGAUGCGCCUGAAGCUUUUCACAAUGCUGUCAAAACUGCUGCUGAAAGCAAACGAAACUGUCAACUCCCAAGGGCAGCUCCAUCGUUAUUCUGAAAGCUUCAUAAACGAUAUGAUAGUGCCAAACCUCAAGUGGCAAGCUGGGAGAACAGCAGGAGCCAUCCGAACGGUCGCUGUAUCCUGCCUGUGGGUCCUUUUUCAGAGUGAAACUCUAUCACAGCAAGAGAUUCUCCAGGUAGAAGACAAUUUGAUGCCUCGGGUCAUCACGACACUGGAAGAGGACUCAAAGAUGUGCCGGCUAAUGUCUUGCCGCAUUAUCAGAGCUCUACUGAGUACUUGUGAAAAGCAGCUGCGCCCUGAUAAACUGAACAAGAUUUAUCCUGAACUCUUAAAGCGCCUGGAUGAUGCUUCUGACGAGGUUAGAGUUGCAGCUGCUAAAACCCUGUAUCAGUGGUUUAAAUGCCUCCCCGAUGAGUAUGAAAGGACUACAUAUAAGGGCCAUCUUGAGUUUUUAUACAGAGGUUUGCUAGUACAUCUUGACGAUCCAGAUGCAAGUCUCCAACUUAUUGUUCUAGAUCUGCUGAAGGAAGGAAGUGCUGUCUGCCCAUCCCUGUUAGUGCAAGAAAUAGAAGCAGUCCGACACAAGCACAGAUCUCCAGCUUACUGUGAUCAGCUUUUACAUUACAUUCAGAAGUACACAAGCCCGACUCCUACAGAAUGCACGUAGUGUGCAGCCACACUGGAAUAUUCAGGUGCAAGCAGCUGGCCCGUCCCAUCCUCCUGUACUAUUUUUAAACCUAUAUUUAUUUUGCAUUCUCAAUAAUGCAGAGCGAAAACUUUCCCAUACCCAUUUGCAUAUUCAUGAGCCUUAAAGUAACCAACUCAGUGCCCUGAAAGCACAGUCAAUGAGUCUCAGAAGAGGUUGCUGACCAUUUCUGCACAACUCAUGACAAUCCUUUGAUUACUAGAAAUACAGGAUGAAAUGAAUGGACAUAUAGUUGCUAUUAAUUAGACUUUCCCACGGUUUCUUUAGAUUUGUACAUUCGCUUUAGGUGUAGACCCACUUUCUUAAAACCGAAGAUGUCUGCUUUUAAGACCAGCAGAGAAAUGGAUUACAAGACCAGCAGAGAAAUGGAUUACAUUACAAGGAUAGGUACAGUAUGAUACAUUUAGUAAUGCUUGAUAAUCACCUUGCAGAAAACUCGUUUGGGGUUGUGAUCUAGCAUUCAAGGCAUGGUCAAACUUGUGGGGUGCAGUUAUUUGUGAGUUGAUGACAAGCCAUGGAAAGGAACAGACAAGCUUGCAUAGGCUAAAACAAUGUGCAACUGCCUCAGGGUUUUAGAAUUGGCUCAAGCAAAUAAAUAUUUUAUGAUAAAUAUA